UGCAUGUGUGUGUGUGGCAGAGCACACGUGUCUGAGCCAACAGGGAAAAGGACCAGGUAGCUCAUGGUAAUCAUUGACAGAGCAGGAAAAGGUGCAGCCUGAACUCUGGUAAGGUGAACGUGGAGGUGAGCAUUUCAAGGUGACGUCUGGAGCCCACUGGCAUUGCUUUUAUUGUGUCUGCGUUUGCUACGUCACACGCUGGCAACGGAAUCCGGUUCAUUGAACGCAUUAGCACUGUCAAAACAGAAAACAGCACAACUUAACUGGUUUAACUGGGUGCAGUGUUAUGACAAUGGGUCGAGCUUAGCUGGGUGAGGCGGCACCGUCCACGUCCACUGCAGUAGGUCUGAACAUCUUAAAACUAAGCCAGAGUUACUGUGGCUGCGUUCACUCGCAUGUUUAACGGUGGGGCUUUAGAUCACUGUCACAGUUACGCCCACACAGCACAACUGGGGCCCCUGAAGUUGUUUAACUGGGUGCAGUGAUGCGUUUAGCUGGUCAACGUCCGAUGGUAGGUUUCUUCAUAGAAGCCACGUCUGCAUUGACUGUUUAAAAACUGAAAACAAACUAAACGAACACAUCUGACGUCACUGUGGCUCACGUCAGCAUUUGCACCAUUACUCUUGUCUCAGCUGCAAAUCUCAGCAUACAGUACAUGCAAACAGCACUGAGCAGCAGCCGUGGGCCACUUGUAUUAUUCAUAUAUAUUCUGUAUGUUACCAAGCACAAACUCGCUACACGGCUAACAAUCCGUUGUCUCAGUCCUUUACGCUUCCAAACAGAUCCAAUAUUUAUUCAAUGCAGAGCAGAGAGGUGUUUUUUAUUUUUUAUACUAAUCAUAUCAUCCUGCUUCCUGUUAUUUCUCCUCAUUCACACUCUGCAGAGUAGUUUACAUGAGUGUCGCCAGGUGUUCAGCUGUUUCCUCUCUAGUUCUUUCUAGUAACUCUAGUUUUUACCUAAUGUAGUUAUUAUGGGGUGUAAACCGGGUUUAAAAAAGUGCAUGUGGGUUAUAGGGAAAUAUAGAGAAAUAUUAUGGGGAAAUUGCAUAGUAAAGUGAAGUAUGUGUAAUUACAUUGGUGUCACAUAACGCUGGAGGUUCUACUUCCUCAUUCAUAAAAAAAAGAAGGAAAAGCCACACACACACACACACACACACACACACACACACACACACACACACGCAACAACAGGCUGAGACUUGUGUUGUCCCUCGUCUUUCACAGGCUUACAGCAGUGUGUGCAGCCAACAUGAAGGAGCCAACCUCAGAUGAUAUUUACGCCUAUGCCCUGUCCAAGACCCUGUGCAAAGUUCCUGCGCCUGCGACCGUCGGACUCUACUCUUCGUGUCAGAAUCGAAUCAGCCUGAUCCUCAGGCGAACGCGAGUGUACAUGAACCAGGAGGACGGAAAGCCGUCGUUUGCCGGCUUCCUCGCGCUCAUUGUCCGGCUGCUCUUCUACAAACCCGUCCGGACCGAGCGGAACCUGCAGCAGCGCCAGACCCGCUUCAUCUACGUGCAUUUCAGCGCCUGGCACUUCGCGGGCAGCGACCUGCUGUGGGCCGGCCUCGUCCUUCGCCUGUUUCAGGCCGCGCGCGUGAGCUUCGGGAGGCUGCAGCUCGUGCUCUACCGCGUGGCUCAGUACGACGAAGACGAAGAGUUCGAGAAGCAGACGGUGCAUGAUGGCCGUGAACGCUGGCAGGCCAAGAAGCUUUGCUGCUUUCCAGUGUGGUUUCUCACGCUGUGCAUCGUCGUCAUACCAGCUGUCGUCCUGGUGGUCCUGGUGUUGGUACUGGGUCUUCCUGCACCUGAGAUCACACCAGACAUGGAGCUGAUCGGGCAGCUGGGGGCUCUGGAGGGCCUGGCCAUCGCUGCGUUCGGGGUCCCCGCCGUCACCGCCCUCAGACUUGCUUUCCUCAUCCUUAAGAACCUCAUCUUUAACGAGGACCGGAACAUCAGGACGGAGAUGGACAACCCGAAGAUCAGCAGCCAGCUGGGCUUCAUGAACGAGGUGAGGAAGGAAAUGAACUUCCUGUCUCGCUUCAUACACUUCAUGGAGGUGUUUGAGAGGAGAAAAAUCCGAGUGGUGCUGCAGGUCACCAACCUGGACCGCUGCGCCCCCAGGAAAAUUGUCGCAGUUCUCAACGCCAUAAACAUUCUGCUCUCAGAUGAGGAGAGCCCAUUUAUUUCCAUUCUGGCAGUGAACUCGAGCGUUCUGGUGCAGAAGGUGAAUCUGGCCGACGGAUGCUUCAGCAAAGAGGACAGAGGUCACGCGCUGCUGAGUCGUAUUGUGACGCUCAUAUUUACAGUGCCGCCGCUGUGCGAUGAAUCAAAGCGUAGUUUGUUUAACAGCCUCGCGGGCGAUUCCCGGCUCCCCGAGGAGAAAGCGGUGAUUAAAAAUAAACAUAGAACUGUGAACUCUCAAAAUUCAUCUUUAGUGGAGACCUUACCGGAAUCUGUGGUGGCGAUAGCAGAGGAUAACGCAUUCGAAAUGAAAGAGACUGACGCACUGAUCCAGGAAACUGCAGCAGCACUGGACGUAAAUGAAGAGGAGGUGGACGUGUUGGUGAGGACCAUCCAGACCAGCAGUGCGGGGAAGCUAAGCAAGUACAUGUCGGAUGACGCGCUGUCUUUGAGGAGGGUCAUCAAUUCCAUUCGAGUGACCGUGAUGAUCAUGAAGGCCUCGAGGGGAAGGCUGCCCGAGCCAGAGCAGGUGGCCGCGUGGGUGGUGCUGGCCGACCAGUGGCCCUGCCGCCUCAGCUGGGUCCUCCAGUGCGCCGAGGACGCGCAGCAGCGGGCCGACAUCGACGGCGGCGGCGGGCCGGAUCUGGACCAUGCAAAGACCUUAUGGCAGGUCUUCAGCGAAUCCAGGAGGGAGCUGUACAUAAUGCGCACGCACAUCGAGGACCUCCUGGAGCUGGACGGGGACCCCGAGAUGUUUGAGAAGUUCCUCACUGUAGAUUUUCAGUUCACGGUGAAGGACUUAAAGGCGUUGGAAAUGGCAACGGUGAACCUCGAUCAUUCAAUGAGGAAGGAGCUGGCGCUGAUCAGAGGGACGUCUAGACUGAGAAGCUCUGGUUGGAUGAAAAACGCAGCCCCUCUGCCCAUCAGGGCCAUCAUCAACAUGGAUACAGAGGACGUAUGUAAAGAGUUGGAGAGGAUGAAAUACCCGAGCAAGUACAUCGACAUUGUGAAAAGCAACGACCUCAACGGUUCAGCGCUGGUCUUUGGAAAUGUGGACGACCUCAAAGGCCUGCUGGGCAUGACCUUUGGCGAAUGGACAACGUUCCAGCUGCACUUCCUGGGUUUACGCUCACACCAGCAGCAACACUACAAAAACAAGCCGUGGACGCUUUCGUCUUCUCCGAAGGAGCCGCCAAGGUUUUCUCUGCAAGGCGCUCGUCAUUACUAGUCAUAAGAACUUCAUGGAGAAGUGGAUCCACCGCCUGAGAUGCCUAUAAUUAUAAUGCCCAUGAGUGAUAUUCAUCAGCAAUCCUUAUUUUACGGUUCUACUUGUGGAUAAAAUAAAACAAUAUCUGACAAAUAUGAAAUAAUGGAUAAAACCUAACGUCCACAUCCAAAGUCUCAUCUGUGCUGCUUAGCGUUUAAUGACCUACUGUACCUUUCAAUUACAAUUACCAGCUCAGUCGCUACUUUAUCACUCUUGCCAUCACCAUUCCCAUUACUUCAUCUAAAUAGAUAUUUGCCAGUAACUGCAGACAGUUUUCUUGAGGAAAGUCCAGAAUGUGUGAGGUUUGGCUUUUUAAAAUGUAUCGGUCCUUAUUAAUGCUGGGGUUUGUGAUACAUGCUCAUUGGUUUCAUGCUUUAAUUAAUGAUUAGAAAACAGCAGUAGUCAUGUUUAUGACAGCUUAUUGCGAAUGAACUUAUCUCUUAAUUAACAUUAAAUAGUCUAAUAUCUUAGUUGAAGCAGCCUAACUGUAACAGUUGAAUCGCUCUGAUUUGAGGUUAAUUGUUAGUAUAUUGUUUGCUUUGAAAAGUCAGAAUGGCUGCUGUCAAACGGGUCUGUGUUAAGCACAACUGUGGCAAAAUAAAGUGCAGGGACUUUUAAAAAACUGUGAAUAUAGUGCAAUAUAAAACAACACCUCAUAAAAAACUCUGCUCCUCUGGCUUCAUUUUUAGGUACUUCGUUCUGCUACUGUGUCCAUCACAC